GGAGAAACAUCUCGAAGUGAGAAGCGGAGUGGAUAACUGGGAUCGUCUCAACGCGUCGUGGACAAGCGAGCUGGACGUUUAAGGCGAGAGCGGAGCGAGAGGAUUGAGCGAGGAGGACUCAAGACGGUGCCGGACUGAAAAAAGGGUCAUCAAAAAGCAAGAUCAGAAACUUUCUGGUCUCAGGGGGGUCCCAUUCUUUCUUCUUCACAAUCAUCGAUCCAGCGCACCUUUCUGGACCUCUUGCCAUGUCCCAACUCCACCUGCCUGAUCCACAUCGAGCACCUUCAGCCGCAUCUCACAUCUCUUCAUCGUCUCACAGAGACAAGAUGGACGGCAUGUCGAACGGCUCCGCUGGACCUGGACAGGUUGGCGAAUCUCACGAUCCCUAUUCUCAUUCUACACCCCUUGCACCCCUUCCUUCCAUGGCUUCUUCUUCCAACCCCGCCUUGUUUUCCAACAUCAACCCUGCGGCUUAUCUUCCUCAAGUCACUUCAUCGCCUCCACCUCACGUCCCGACUUAUAUCCCACCACCUCAACAUGCCAUGGCUCCUGAUCCCAUCCACGAUGGUCAUAUGGCCGGUGGUGGACCCAGCAUGAUGCCUUGGUCAGGUGCCCAACCUUCACUCUCACAUCCCUGGGCUCAGUCUAAUGGAUACGGCGCGAUGCCACCUCCUCCACCCAGAGGGAUGAUGCAAGGUCAAGCAGCUCGUCUACCUCAGAAUGGACCUUCGGGUAUGCCUCUGAGUCCGACGGAGCCGUACCCUUCGCGCGGCUCAGUUCCACUCGGUGCAUAUUCUCAACAUGCCAUGAUGGGACUCGGAGGGCGACCCGGUUCAGGACAUGGAGAUGGGAGGGAUAGGCGGCGAGAUAGGCACAGAGAUGAGCAGGACAGAGAUGAAAGGGAUAGCAGGGAAGACGAAGUCAUCACGACCAUCUUUGUGGUCGGAUUCCCAGAUGACAUGGGAGAGCGUGAAUUUCAAAACAUCUUCACGUUUUCCCCAGGUUUCGAGGCUGCGACACUCAAGUUUCCCUCUGGAAGUAGACGAGAACCAGCCGCUGCUCUCCUCGCUGAACUCUCUCAGAUCGCCGCGAACCAACAAGCCGCCGCUGCGGCCGCUGGAGAACAUUACGAGAUACCACCUACUCAACCUGCUCUGGAGGAAGCAUUGGCAGCACUGCAGAUGGGUGGAACAGCUUCCACUUCAUCCUCUACUACACCCUCCGCAGCCAUGUCGAUGACCCCUUCUGCGCCAUCUGGAGCCACGUUCGGAUCUUCCGUAUUGCCUCAAUUACCUAGUCGACGGCAGACGAUCGGAUUCGCACGAUUUAGAACGCGUGCGGAUGCUCUCGCUGCGAAAGAGCAUCUCCAAGGCCGAAAGAUCGAUACGUUGACCGGAGCCACGCUCAAAGCGGAGAUGGCGAAAAAGAAUCUGCAUCAGAAACGAGCGACAUCGGGAGAAGAAUUGGUCGGAUUGUUAUUGAGGUCAGGAAGAUUGGCUGGCUUGAUGAAUCCCAGUGCCACGGCUGCUGCAGCGGCUGCUGCCGCCACAGGAUCGGGCUCAGCUGCACAGAUGUUGGGUAUAGGCGUUCAAGGUCAGCCUACGGCGGUUCCAGGACCAUCAUCGCAUAUCAUGGGACCUCCACCGAUGCCAAAUCACCCGUCAGGUCAUCCUCAUUCAUCAGCCGCUACGGCGAGAGAUGCUUGGAAUUCUUGGCCCGGACAACAGCAAGCUCCAUCGGAUGAUCGAUAUCCUCAGCCCGGCAGCUUCGUGUACCCCAAUUCACUUUCAACCAGCAUGCCCAGUCACCAACAGCCGUCUCAGCAACCUCCGUCCUCUCAAUCGAAUGCAUCGACAUCUCCGCCCCUCAGUGUCAAGUCACCAAAUGCCCGACCAACCGACUCAAAAGCUCUUCUUGCGCUCGCCGAGGAGGCCGAUGAGCUGGAAGAUUGGCCUUUGAGCGGAACUGCGACAAUGGGAAUGGGGAUGGACGGCUUCGAUCAGAACAAUGCCAACCAUGGGCACUCUUCCGGCAUAAAUGGCCCAAACUCUGAGAGUGCCGCCUCACGAUCUCGUGAGAGGUCUUCCACGAGCUCCCACGCUGGCGAUCCGAAUCUUGCAUUCUCCCCCAUUUCUAAUCAUCCGUCAGUCAAUUUGAUGGACGCAAGUGGCAACAUGCGAGUUCAUCCCAAUCAGUAUGCUCCAUACGGUCGUGCAGACGGCGCAACGUCGGUGGGAGAUGCUGCCAUGGCCAGCAGUCCACCUGGUGGGAGUGAUCGCCUUAGUGAGGGAGGAAGAAUGUUGGGCGGCAAUCCUGCCGACCAGAACCCACCGAUCAAUACGCUCUACGUUGGUAACCUGCCUGCUAUUUCGCCUCCCACGCAUCCGCCAAACUUUCUCGAAGAGUCUCUCCGGGGUCUGUUUUGCCGAUGCCCAGGAUACAAACGCAUGUCUUUCCGACAGAAGAUCAAUGGACCCAUGUGCUUUGUCGAAUUUGAAGAGGUGGCAUUUGCAUCUCAAGCCAUCAAAGAGCUUUACGGUCACAACCUUGGCGGUCUCGUCAAGGGUGGGAUUCGAUUGAGCUAUUCUAAAAACUCGCUCGGUCAACGUGGGAAUGGUCACCCUUCAAGUGGCAACCCUACCAUGUUUGGAGGAAUCGCUCACACCGUCGCUUUGGCAGGCAUGUCACCUUCAUCCAGUGCCAAGCAUCUUCACGGUGCUUCCGCAGCUCCACCCUCAUCCGCUACGACCCAUUCGUUUGGUCUUCAACUCUCUAAUGGCUCUUCAUCCUCUCCGAUUCCCAUGCCAGACUUGCGGCGAGGUAGCGAAGCCGUUACGGCUCUAUCACCCACAGCUCAGCCUUUCAGCCUAGGGACAAGUGCCAACUCGGCCGCGUCGGCCACAUCUCCUCGCGCCCGAUAUUUCGGUUCGAGUCCCUCUGGCCAUUCAGGUCAUUCAGCUUCCGCAAAUGAUCAAGCGUACUCUUAUGCCAGUUCAGCGCACAGUAACGGUGGUGGAAGCACGGGCGGCAACACUACUGGAGGACCCAACGCCACCUCCGCGGUUGGUGGACAAUUCUCGCCCGUCUCGCCACCUAUUCGAACUCCGGCCUCGUUCGCCUGGGUCUCGUCCGGACAAGGAAACGGCACAGCCGUCGGAAAUGGAGGCUAUGGAUUCAACGCGACUCCUUGGUCUAGCACCACCAUGUGAUCGACCGACUCACACUAUCAAUUUAACUCUUUGCUUUGGAAUAUUACACUGUAUCUACCUUUUUCCCGUGUUUCGUCCAUCGACUCGCAGCAUCGAUUAGCCCGGUUCUCGACCCUCAAUUAU